CCCGAGGCAAAUGACCACUCUCCCCAGAAAGUUUGGGUGAGGGGCAGGGAGUGCAGGAAUGGGAGCAUCUAUGGGCUGAGUGAGAACGCUCUCUGAUGUCUCUGCUGAGCCAUCGGGGAUCAGUGUCAUUCAAGGAUGUAACUGUAGACUUCAGCAGGGAGGAGUGGCAGCAAUUGGACCUUGCUCAGAAAAGCCUGUACAGGGAUGUGACGCUGGAAAACUAUUUCAACUUGAUAUCAGUGGGAUGUCAAGUUCCCAAACCAGAAGUUAUCUUCAACCUGGAGCAAGGAGGGGAGCUGUGUGUGUUGGAUGGUGGGCUCUCCUGUCAGAACUGUUCAGAUGGGGAUAUUGGUUUUGCACUUUCACAACAAGGAAUGUCUGAAGAAGUUUCUUUCCAGUCUGAGAGAAUUAAUCUCUUCACAAGAGAAGACCCAUAUUCCAUUUUAGAAGAACUGCUGAAAGAUAGUAAACACACAAGAAGAUAUGAGGAAAACCAGAACAAACCUUUAAGUCAUGUUGCCUUCAUCAACAAGGAAACAGUAGCUAAUGAGAAGGGCUGUAAAUAUAAGGACAUUGGAAAAAUAGUUCAUGUAAACACACACCUUGUUCCUUCAAGAAAAAGACUCCGUAAUGAUGACUCAUUUGGAAAGAACUUGGAGCCUAUUGUAAGCUUAUAUAAUUAUAAUAGGAACAAUGCAACAGAAAAUCUUGAUGAGAUUGUCAGAUAUGGUGAUAUUUUUACUCACAUGAAUUCUCAUACAGAAGUGAAUGAUUGUGAAUAUAAUCAAUGUGGGAAAUUUCUGAGUCAUAAGCAAGCUCUUAUUCAACAUCAGAAAGUUCAUACUGAGGAGAAUCUCUAUUUGUUUUCUGACUGUGUAAAAGCUUUCUCCAAGAAGUCACACCUCUUUGCACAGCAGAGUAUUUUCACUGAAGAAAAACAGUGUGAAUGCAGCAAAUGUGAGGCAGUCUUCACUCAGAAGCCCCAACUUGCUGCACAUCAGAGGGUUUAUGCAAGGGGGAAGCCCUGUAUAUUCACUGAAUAUGGGAAGGAUUUUCCCUUCAAGUCAAACCAUCAGAAAACUCACAAUGAGGAGAAUUACUAUAAAUGCAGUGAAUAUGAAAGAACCUUUGCCCAGAAGUCAGAUCUGUUCAGAUGCCAGAGAAUUCAUACUGGAAGAAAACCUUAUGAAUACAGCGAAUGUGGGAAAAACUUCCCUCAAAAUUCAGAACUCAGUACACAUAAAAAACAUCAUACUGGAGGGAAACACUUUGAAUGUACUGAAUGUGGAAAAGCUUUCACAAGAAAAUCAACACUAAGUAUGCAUCAGAAAAUUCAUACAGGAGAAAAACCCUAUGUAUGUACCGAAUGUGGGAAGGCCUUUAUCCGGAAGUCACAUUUUAUUACACAUGAAAGAAUUCAUACUGGAGAGAAACCGUAUGAAUGCAGUGACUGUGGGAAAUCCUUUAUUAAAAAGUCACAACUCCAUGUGCAUCAGCGAAUUCACACAGGAGAGAAUCCCUUUAUAUGUUCAGAAUGUGGGAAAGUCUUCACUCACAAGACAAAUCUCAUUAUACACCAGAAAAUUCAUACUGGAGAAAGACCCUAUGUGUGUACUGAAUGUGGGAAGGCCUUUACUGACAGGUCAAAUCUCAUCAAGCACCAAAAAAUUCAUACUGGAGAGAAACCCUAUAAAUGCAAUGACUGUGGAAAAUCAUUCAUCUGGAAGUCACGGCUCAGGAUACAUCAGAAAUGUCAUACUGGAGAGAGACAUUAUGAAUGCAGUGAAUGUGGGAAAGCAUUCAUUCAGAAGUCAACACUAAGUAUGCACCAGAGAAUUCAUAGAGGAGAAAAGCCCUAUGUUUGCACUGAAUGUGGGAAGGCCUUCUUCCACAAAUCACAUUUUAUUACACAUGAGAGAAUUCAUACUGGAGAGAAACCCUAUGAAUGCAGUGAUUGUGGGAAAUCCUUCACUAAGAAAUCACAACUCCAUGUACAUCAGCAAAUUCACACAGGAGAGAAACCCUAUAGAUGUGCUGAAUGUGGAAAGGCUUUCACUGACAGAUCAAAUCUCUUCACACACCAGAAAAUUCACACUGGAGAGAAACCCUAUAAAUGUAGUGACUGUGGAAAAGCCUUCACUCGGAAGUCAGGCCUCCAUAUACAUCAGCAAUCCCAUACUGGAGAAAGGCAUUAUGAGUGCAGUGAAUGUGGGAAAGCCUUUGCAAGAAAAUCAACGCUAAUUAUGCAUCAGAGAAUUCAUACAGGAGAGAAGCCCUAUAUCUGUACUGAAUGUGGGAAGUCCUUCAUCCAGAAGUCACACUUAAAUAGACACAGAAGAAUUCACACUGGAGAGAAACCCUAUGAAUGCAGUGACUGUGGGAAGUCUUUCAUUAAGAAGUCACAACUCCAUGAGCAUCAUCGAAUUCACACAGGAGAGAAACCAUAUAUAUGUGUUGAGUGUGGAAAGGCCUUCACCAUCAGAUCAAAUCUUAUUAAACACGAGAAAGUUCAUACUAAACAGAAACCCUAUAAAUGCAGUGACUUUGGGAAAACCUUAAACUGGAAGCCACAACUCAGUAUACAACAGAAAUCGGACACUGGAGAAGUAGAGUGCCCAAUGCCACAGUUAUGGUGUGGGGAAGGUGACCAAGGCCAACUUUCUUCUAUCUAGUCAGAACCAUGAGUAUCUGGAUCACAUAGCUGAUGUCCGGUGCUUAUAUAUAUAUAUAUAUAUAUAUAUAUAUAUGAGAUACUUUGACGAAAGUGUUUAAGCAAUGUGUAGGGGUCAUGCUUGGUUACUUGGCAGAUACUGGGAUAGUUAAACCCCUGCAAAUAAUAGUAAUUGUGCAA